GCCGGGCGACAGCGAUGUGCUAGUAAGUAGAGAGGAUCAGUCGGCGACUUGCUUUCGAGAGUGAUUCGUCGUUGUUCGAAUUCCGUUUGGAUAUCGCGAUAUUGCCACGAGUGAUCUGUGCCCUCGAGAGAGUUCUAAUGGUUUUCUAUGUGCUGUUGGUUAGUGUCAGUGAUGUGACUUAAGUUUGUGAUGACAGCGAUGCGUGUGAGCCGAGGUGCCAAUGAGCCGGUGAAAGACAUGGAUUCGUCUGAGGAGCCCGUUUUCGCGAGGGUCGCAGACCCCGAACUGUGCAAGAAGAAGAAAAAAAAGAAAAAGAAGGAGAAGAGGAAGAGAUCCGUCUCUUGUUCGACAGAGUCUUCUAGCUGUUCGACCGGUUCCAAAAAGCAUAAAAAGAAAAAGAAGUACCACGUAGAGUACGAGGAGCCUACUUCGAAAAUCAACCCGAUCUUUCUCCGUACGCACAACGACACGAACAACACGAUCGUGUCGGUUGUCUGUGAGGAUUACGACAGAUGGAACAGGAUCAAACUGACGAAGACGCCGGGCGGCUGGAGGGCGAUACCCAGGACGGAGCCUAACAAACAGUGGUCUUCGUGGGACAUGCUAGUCAAAAAAGGUUCCAAGUCUCCCACCGACGUCGUCGAAGAAGACGAUCAAGCGGUCGGAAAGGAAGAAAACGGAGUAAUCUGCGAAACGCUUGAUACUGCGGAACCCUACCCUGGGCCUGAAAGCCCGCCCAUCACGAAUGGAAACGUCGAAUCUGAAGUUCCGGAAAUCAGUAAACACACCGAUUCGGAUAGCGACGUUGAAGAAGUCCCUUAUAUCGUGGACCAGACUCCGGUGGCCAUUGUUGAUCUCUGCACUGAUGAAGAGCCAGAAGCAAAAGAAGAACUGUUAAUAGCAAAGAAAGAGGUGGAAGAACCCGAAACUGAAGAAGACAAGUUUAAAUGUGGAGAAGACGUCAAUGAACCUAACGUCGAUGAGAAUCACAACGAUUUUCAGCCUGAUGUGAGGUCUCCUUGCAUCGAAGAGAAUUUUUGUCGAGAUACAGAAGACAGCGUAGAUAAGAGGUUCGAAUUCCUGCUGAACGAGCUUCACGAGUCCGACAUAAAUAACGUUGUGAACCAGACGAGUACUCCCGAUGCCCAAAAACCUGUUGAUGUCCCUCAGGACCAUUUGGUCAGUAACUGCUCGGCCCUUAUGGACGAGCUGGAGGAAAUGUGCCAUGGUAUUAUGUCCGAAAGACUGAAGAUCGACGAACCAGUACAUAAAGACGAUCUGAGCGAUAUUUACACCUUCGUACCUUCACCGGGGGAAGCCGAGCCGGUUAAGGCCGACGAAGAGAAGACCAUCCCAGAGACAGACCAGUUGGAAACAAAGAGGCACUCUGAAGAUUCGCCAAUGAAUCUGGUCAUGCAGGAAAAUGCGAACGCGGAAGUAUUAAAAGGCGACGAAGGGGCCCCGCUCAAUGCUUGCGAGCUGGAAGGACUUGAUAUAUUGUGGAAGCUGCCGGAGGGAACGACAAUUCACCAUUCGAAAGCUCCACAAACCAAAGAAGAUCCAGUCGCCCAACCGGCGCAUCAAUCAUCUCCGAAAAAGAACGCCACCAUCAGUGUAGUAAAGCCUCAGAGCAUAGUGAAAGAAUGCUCGACACCCGUCCAAGAGGAGCCUCUGAAUUUGGGCAUCCCCAAGCCUCCUCCUAAACUCGAUCCCACGCCUCCACCUCCUCAGCCUCCCUGCAAAUUCGAGGAACCCGUGAGAACUCCCGCCAACAAGAUCCCACAAAAAAAGAUAAAAAAUGACAAACUGCACGAUUCAAAAUUGCUCGAGCUUUUAAAGACGACGGAUGACAAAAACGAUCCACUGGCCCAACUAAAAGAAAUUUUGAAUGACCCAGACGUUUCAGUUCCAGAUCCUUUAUUAGUUCCGAGGGAAAGGUUACAGGCGCUAAUUGCGAAUCCCGCCAAAGAGAUUCCCAAGCUGCUAAUACAAUCACAUCAGUUAAAAGUACCUGUCAUAGACGCCGAUUUCCUCGUCGUCUCAUUGGCCCACUUGCAGUACCUUCUUCAGUACGGGGUUGGAAAAGACCCUGACGGAAAGCUGUACCAGCAGGCCCAGAUGCUCCAGUCCCAAUUGGGCUCGGAGAAAAACGGCUUGGAUCCCGCUGUGCUUAAUCAAAUGCUUUGGCUUCCUUAUCUGAGCCAGCUGGAUAUCAAUCGGACUACAAAUCCGCAGGAGCUACUUGCGCUCAUGAUGAGCUAUAACUACCCGUGGCAACAGCAGCACACGAGACAACAGCACCCACCGAAUUACGAUUAUACGAAUCAGCAACACGCUGCGGUUAUGCAGCACUGGCACUACGGCCAGAAAACGUCACCACAGCUUCCUCAGGCCGCCACUGUACCGAAGAACUACGAUUUGUACAAAAUGACUCAGCCCUUGGGUUAUGGAGUCCCUCAACAGUUAAGGCCGACCGCUCCACCCAUUCCGCCUUUCGUCCCACCUAGAGUCGACGUUCCCAACACGACAACACAACAUACCCAUCAUCAUCAAACGCAACAUCAUCACCACCAACAUCAACAGAGGCGGCCGAGGACCGCCAGGUCGCAGUACCAUUUCAGACACGAUUGGACGAUACCACAGACAAGCGAGGCCAGUAGGGUUCAACACCACGACCCUCCAGCUAUCGUUACGACUCUCGCCGACCAGUCCGUAGCCCACCAACUCCACCAAGACGUCAAGCUGCCUAAUACGAGCACAGCUCAGCAACAGCAACCGACCCCGUCCCUGCCUCUGCAACAUCCCCAGAUAAGGCCUAAACUCAAAGUCAGGGAUCACCUAAUCGAUCCCAACCUCAGGCCUAAGUUUCUCAAAAUCGACGAUCCUCCGUUUCCUCCGCCAGGAUCUAGAUUUAACGACCAACCUACACACUUGUGGCAUCCACUUUUCAGCAGUUGCGACUUGCUCGGUACCAUUGGUGAUCAUUACAAGGACGUUGGGCGCGGAAGGUGCCUCUGGCCUACAAAUAGAAAAUCAAGACGGAAAGAGCUAUACAAGUCCCUGGCAAUGGACCACACCGGUCACUGUAAGCGGAGAAUGACAACCAACCUAAAAGAUUUAAAAAGGCUGUGAACACUUUAAAUAUUUUCCUAAUUAAGAAUAAAAUAAUUAAGAAAAAGAAAACUG